AUGGAGCAUCCCUCAUGGAAAGACCUCCAGGACUUCCUCACUGGGCGGGCCAGAGCACGGGAAACCCUCGAGCUCUCCCGUGACGACACUACCGGGUCAAGUGCCCCAGCCACCUCCGGACGUCCUCCAGUCGCCUCUCGGCCUCCACCCAGCUCGGUGCGGGCUCCUGUACGGCCACCUCCUGCUCCAGCCGGACGAGCCUAUUACGCCUCAGAGCAGCUGCCUCCCAACUAUAAGGAUGGUCUCUGCGACAUGUGCGGGAAGCGGCACUACAUUACGGAGUGCCCGGAGUUCCUCGGCCUCUCGGUGUUCGACCGUCGCAAGGUGGCCGUUCAGCACCGAUUGUGCUACAACUGCCUUGGCCGGCACGGGGCCAUGAACUGCCGCAGACUGCAACUUUCUGAUCCGGACUUCCUCAUUCCCGGUCCCAUCGAUAUCAUCUUGGGAGCCGAUGUGUUCGGCCGACUCCUCUUGCCGGAAAUGGUCAAGGCUGAUCAGGCCUCGCCGAUCGGCCUCACUACGAUCUUCGGGUGGGUAUUCCUCGGGCCCCUGGUCACCGGAUCACCUCACGGAGAGAAGGUAGCUCUCCACGGAACAGCUGAUCAUGAGCUCCACGAGCUUCUCACCAAAUUUUGGAUUCAAGAAGAGGUUCCUUCGAAACCCUCGCAAGCCCUCACUCCGGAAGAGCAAGAAUGCGAGGCACACUUCUCUCGCACCCACUCUCGAGACUCCUCCGGUCGCUACGUGGUGCGACUUCCUCUCCUGGGACCUCGGACUAACCUCGGGGACUCUUACGAGACGGCUCUUCGAGGUCUUCGACGGAUUCAACGGCGCUGCACGGCCAAUCAGGCGUUCGGACGCCUCUACAAGGAGUUUCUGCAGGAGUACGAAGACCUCGGACAUAUGCAACCAGCCUCGGAAUCCUCCUUGGGCACCUCCACGAUCUUUUACCUCCCACAUCACGGGGUUUUAACCUCUAAGGGUUCGCAGCCGAAACUGAGGGUCGUUGCUGUACAUCCAGCUGAUUGGGACCUCCAACGUAUCCUCUGGUCGGACCCUCAAGGGAAGACGGUCUGCUACCAAUUGACCACGGUCACCUACGGUACGCGAUCAGCUCCAUUCUUGGCAGCAAGGGCGCUGCUGCAACUCGUGCAGGAUGAAGGUCCCCGAUACCCCCUCGCUGUGCCUCCACUUCUUAAGGGCCGCUACGUAGACGACAUCCUCGGUGGAGGCGACACAGCCAAGGAAGCGGAAGCAGUCGCGGUUCAGCUGACUCAGCUCUGCAUGGCGGGCGGGUUCCCGCUUCAAAAAUGGACCAGCAAUUGUCCAGAGCUCCUCAAGGUCCUCUCCGAAGACGGCGACGCUCCUCACCAGACCUUGGACUUCUCCGACAUCACCACCAAGAUUUUGGGCUUAUCUUGGCAACCUCUGGCGGAUCACUUCUGGUUCUCCGCUGCACGGACCUUUCGGGAUGCAGUAACGAAACGAACCAUUCUCUCGGAAGUCGCACGCCUGUUCGAUCCGCUCGGAUUCCUCGCCCCUCUCACAAUACGAGCGAAGAUUCUCCUCCAGGAGCUGUGGCUUGAACAGCUUGGAUGGGACGAACCUCUUCCCCCCUCCACGGCUCUCCGCUGGACAACCUUCCGAACAGAACUACAGGACCUCUCGGUCCUCCACAUUCCUCGUUGGCUCAACCUCACCCCGGAAGUGCGAGUUGAGAUACACGGGUUCUCGGACGCCUCACAGCAGGCGUUGGCCGCAGUUGUAUAUCUGCGGAUUUCGUCCUCUACAUCGCCGGCAACCCUGUCGCUAGUCUGCGCCAAGACCAAGGUGGCGCCCCUCAAGAGACUUACCAUCCCUCGGUUGGAGUUGACGGCUGCUCUCCUCCUCGCAAAGCUACUCUCGGGAUACUCUCGAGCUUUCCUCUGCACCGGUGCAUCUCUGGAUGGACUCCGCUGUCGCGCUGACCUGGAUCAGCCAUCAUCCCUCGAAAUCAAAGGAGUUUGUACGGAAUAG